CUCAUUUUGAAACAUAUAAAAAAAUUUACCUCAAUUCUUAUUUAGAGGAAAGAGAACACAUUUCAGUCCUGGGGAAUGUAAUAUUUACUGAUGAAAAAUAUAACAAAGGAUGCAUAAUUGCUGAUAAAAGAUUCACUUGCAGUUGCUUUGAAACAUUAACUUACAUUUGUGUUCCAUUCAAGUUAUCUACAAAUUAUAGCAGUCUUUUAAAACAGGAAAGUAAAAGUAAGAAGUCCCAAUAUUUCAAAGACAGCCAAUGGCUAAAACAAGAAAUUAGUGGUAAACUUUUCCCAAUUAAUUCCAGAAGACUGCUUAUACAUUCCUUGGAUGUUAACCAGUAUUUUACUCCAGACAUGCUUCAUAACCUUUGUCUAAACCAAAAUAUAGCAAUCAGUGUAGAAGCAAAACAGAGUAAGACUUCCCUGUGUGGAAAAAGAGCAAAACAAAGUUGCUUUGAAUUUGAAAAACUUAAGAGUGUUUUACAAUAUUGGUAUCAAACUACAUGGAUUUCAAAAGUCUCUGAGGCACCCAAGGCUAAAAAAAUAGGAAAUGUGAACUUUUCAGAUGGUAAGAAUAUUUUGUUCAGUGGCACACUUACGCCAGAAUUACUAUAUGUGAACCAAACUGCUGGGGAUGUAAAUAAGACAAAAACUGCCAUUGCUGAGCAGAGCUAUAUAAGCAAAAGAAAUCAAUAUCAGAAUUUAUGUGAGCUAUAUUUCAAAGAGGAGUGUGCAAAGUCUGUUAAUUCUAUGGACAAAUUAGCAGUAGCUUCAUGUUCAACAAAACAAAAAAGUUUUGAAGAUUCAAGAGAAGGGCAUUUUUCUGCAGAAAUUAACAGAAGAGAACAAUUUGAUUUAGUAUUGGAAGAGCUUCGUAUGUUCAAUGAAAUUAGUAAAGAAAAUGAAAAUAGUCUAUCACAAGCAGAAAUAAGUAUUCUUGAGAAAGAACCUCUUGUACUGAAUUGUUCUGACAACAUACCAGAUCAAGUUAACAGAAAUCAUCAAAAUCCAGUCAUUUCCACAACUGGUAUUACUAUGAGUUGUGCUUCUGGAGUAAAGCAGAAUAGGUAUAAAAAAAGUUUAUUUAAGCAGAUCAUACAAUCUGGAGAGCAGGAGAUACCCCACAACGACUGUUCUUCAAGUAUAUCAGAUGGAGAAUUGUUCUGUUCAUCUUCUGAAGAACGUGCUCAUUAUAAACAAUCUUUCCCUUGGAACCCUGCAUUCAUAUCUCAAACACUCAUGAAAGAAGGAAGCUAUAACUUAACAACAGAAAGAGGAAAUUGUUUACUCAGUGGAAUUAAAAGAGUACAGCCUCUUAAAACAUGUUGCGGUCCUUUAAGAGUUGGAUUGUCAAGGAAAGCUAAACUCAAGCAACUUCAUCCAUAUUUAAAAUAGUUCACUAUUACCAAUAUUUUAAGCAAACAUUAUUUUGUAUAAAAUGUUUAAAAUGGUUAUCACAUUCAUAAUUAAAAUAUUUUAUUAAUACUUCAAUAUGUAAAACACUAGCUUAUCAAUUUACUGCAAUUUUAAAAUUAACAUCUGCUAAUGAAAGUAUUCUGUGAAAUGUAUAUACAAUAUUGUCAUAUGUAAUAAAACUGAAAUGCAUAGAAAUCUGAAAUACAUAAAUACUCUUAAGUUAUUUUCAUUUAUUACAUUUUACAUUUAUUAUCAAAAUGUAAAAUUGGUGUACUGCUAUGUCAUACAGCUGUUUAAUAAAUAACCUGCCAAUUGUCAUGUUGUACAUUUGAAAGCAUUAUGGAAUGU